CGCCAGCGCGGCACAGCCAUGGUAACCUGGACGUCGCCGCGCUUCCGGAAGUGGAAGGCAUUGCGCCGUGCUACCCUCAGACGCCGCUUCCGGCGGGAGAAGGUGGCUCUCCUCCUCCGCCCCGAUUGCUCCCCCGCCUUCCCGGGAUGCGCCAGUAACCCGCCUCUUCUCAUCACCCGUAUUAUUACAGAGCGCCCGCAUCGGCGUGGUGUGCGGGCCGCUAAGGAUGCUGUGAGGUGGAGAAGGGAGCCGGCCCGGUCCCCUCUCCCCGGGGUUUUAUCGUAGCCCGUGGACACCGCUGCUUUGGUUUUAUUGUUUUUUUGCGUCUUACCCGCUGACCACCCCUCCCUCCCCUAUCCCGGUUCGGAGACAUGGCCUCCUCCUCCGGUAACGACGAUGACCUCACCAUCCCUCGUGCUGCCAUCAACAAGAUGAUCAAAGAGACUCUGCCCAGUGUCAGGGUGGCCAAUGACGCCCGGGAGCUGGUGGUGAACUGCUGCACCGAAUUCAUUCACCUCAUCUCCUCGGAGGCCAAUGAGAUCUGCAAUAAGUCUGAGAAGAAAACCAUCUCCCCCGAGCAUGUCAUCCAGGCACUAGAAAGUUUGGGUUUUAGUUCCUACAUCAGUGAAGUAAAAGAAGUCCUUCAAGAGUGCAAAACAGUAGCAUUAAAAAGAAGGAAGGCGAGUUCUCGCCUGGAAAACCUUGGCAUUCCUGAAGAAGAGCUUCUACGGCAGCAACAAGAGUUAUUUGCAAAAGCCAGGCAGCAGCAAGCAGAAUUAGCCCAGCAGGAAUGGCUACAGAUGCAGCAAGCAGCUCAGCAGGCGCAGCUUGCGGCUGCCUCAGCCAGCGCCACCAACCAGGCAGGUUCCUCUCAGGAUGAAGAUGAUGAUGACAUGUGAUUCUUCCCUGCUGGCUUUUCGUUCUACCUUCUUAAUAGUUUUCGCCUGCACAGUGAGAACCGUGGGGAAAAAAAAAAAACGACAAUGCUUACCUGUUAAAGGAAAUUUCUUUUUUUGGUUUUUAAGCCUCUUGGUGGACUGGUCAAUUGAUAUUCUAGGGAUGUCUGUUAAGUCUCUGCUGUUGUAUGCUAUAUACAUGUAAAAACAUCCUUUUUGCACUGUCAACACCUAUGGUUCAGUAUCAUAUCAAUAGAGAAUUUUUAAUGGUCUUUAUGAAAACUUUUUAUAUUAGCAAUGAGUCAUUUACUUGAUCAAUAAGCAGUGUUAAACCAAACUACAACUCUAUUAAAUUAUAGUGAGAUUUAUACAGAAGCUCUAAAAAAAACAAAAAAAAAACCUAUUUGCAUUUCCCUUUUAACUAAGCUUAAAAAAAAAAUGAAAAGAAAAAAAAAAAACACGCAAACUGAAAUCUUAGGAAUUUUUUAAUUUUUGGGUUGGUUAGGGACAUUUGUUGGUCUGGCAGGGAUAUGAUGAAGAUAAGGAGGUGUGUAUUGAUAAUACUUUAGAAUUGAGCACACAGGAAAUUGUAGCAAUGUGGAUAGUUCGUACAUGGCUGCAUUAAGGUAUUGCCUAUCUGAAUGAUAAACAUAUAUCCAGCCUGAUUCCAGUUCAUCUUCUGUAUGUGUCUUGUUUUAUAAGGCUGAACUGGCAAUCUGUAGUUGAGUGCUACAAUGGAUAUAAGAAAAAGUAUAUUCUGCCACUGUAUGGUCAGACAUGUAAGCCUGGUGACUGUAAGAAUGCACCUUUUCGGGCCUGUUUGAAUUGGCAGUGGUCAUCUUAGUAUUCGGAUUUCGGUCAACCUCUUCUUUUUUUUUUUUUGUACAUUUUAUUUUUUAAAGUGUAAUGCCCGCAAAUAAACACACUGUGAAAUCCAUGUAGUAUCAGUGGUUCACAAUGAAAGAAUUGUCAAAAUCGAAUAUGGGUUGACAAUGUAAAACUAUGGAGUGUACGUAGCGUGAUUUGUCCAGUUGUAAGCAUGUUUAGGGCUUUUUUUUUUUUUUAUAUAUUAAUCUCCUGCACUACUGUGUUACAUUCUUAAAAUUGGCGUUUGUUAUUUUUUUUUUUUUGCUUGAUGAAGUAGAGUGUGGUUCUUUUGAAUGUUGAGAAAGGGGGAAAAAAAAUACCUGUCAGUGUAAUGUUUCAUCAGUGAUAACUUUUACUUUAUUUGGAAAUUGGUUACAAUUUAUGUACGAUAAAACAAAACAAGUGAUAUUUGCUACAUUGAUCAUGUAAAGUAAAAAAAUCUAUAUAUAUCCUAAAACCAUUUAAGAAAGUUUAUUAGAAAUCACUCCAGUCCAGAUCUAAGGGCGUUCCUAGAACCUGUGGACUACCUGUUCUCAAGCCUUCUGCACAGUUACCGGGGUACCAGUUAUAUAAUUCAUGUGAUGUCAGUUUACAGGGCUUUUAGUCUCCAUCUCUCUACGAGUUUAUUUACAGUAGAAAAUCAUGCCAUUCGAACUCGUUAACGCCAUUUGUCUCAAUCUUUAAAUGCAAGUUUUAUAUAGAGAAUAUUUGGUUAUAUCGUUUGUCUUUCAUGUAAUGUCUUUAACACGUUGCGUAUUACUGGGAACAUUUCUAAACCUGACCAGUCCGCAACAUAUCAUUCCCUGUAUUAGACGUUUCGGACAUCAUAUUAUCAGCCCAUCUUAUCUUUUUACUGCAACUGUAAUCUGUUAUGCUAAGGACAGUGUAUAUACUAUGUACCACAAAUAAAAUGGAGGGUGAAAUCUAGUAAUUCCCUUGGCGUAAACUCCUUUUUUUUUUUUUUUUUUUUU